GUGUUCACGGGCACCGCACACUGCUGCGUGCGGUGUGUGCGGUUCCACUAAAGCUGUGAUGCCAAACCCAUCUCAGCUUGUGGGAGCUUCUUCCCUGAGCCUAGCUAAGAAGAAAAGAUCAAAAGCUGUGAAAGCCAAAGCUCUAAAAAGCCAUGAACUGGACUCUAGCCCUAAAGCAAAGUACCGGCGGCUACGGAAGAUGGUGCGUGCUCUCGUCUACGAAAACGGCGCACUUUGUGACGAGACGGCUCGCGCACAGCGUCUGGUACUUCAGGCCCAGGAGGAGCGCCGAUUUCUGCUGCAGAAACUGAUUCAGUUUGAGCAGCAGUGUGCGACACCAGCGCCCCAAGCGGCGGCCGCCGGAACUGGGGCUCGGUCAGCGACCCACACUAAUGCGUCCAUUGCUAGCGCGGCUAGCACAGCAGCGGCAGUGGGCAGAACAGCAUCAACACCCGUAGCCAAUGCAGUACUUCUGCCAGUACCUGGAGUCUCUCUUGCUGGGAUCCCCACCGCGCGAUCAGUGGCGCCUCUGGUGGCGACGCCUGGAACCAGCACUUCUCAUAUCACACCACUAGUGGCGCCAGCGUCGGUCGGUCGGUCUGCCGCGCCUCUGAUGGCCAGUAUGGGUACCGUCCGCCCCCACAGUGCACCCGUCGCAGUGGCGGUGGCCAGAGGGUCUACAGGGCGGACACCGACUCCCCUUACUGUCGUAUCAGCUACGGUUGAUGGACUACCAACACCUCUAGUUGUAAGCGCGGGGACUUCAAGAGCUGCAAUUCAACCAUCGGGGACCUCGCUACAGCAGUCGUCUUCCCAGACCGUGGGAGCCCUCCCCUCUCACUCUACCUCCCCUCAGUGGCGCCCAGCUCCCGCUCUACCCAGCCCCCGCACCUCUACUCCCUCCGUCUCUCGUCGUGUCGCUCGAGGUCCACGCCGACUCGUAUCUGCUCUACCUCGAGAUGCGUCUGGUGUAGUGGUGUUGCCUUUGCGUCUGGGAGGCCUCACUCUACAGAGCUUGGGCCGUGUGUUACCUGAUCGACCUGCCUACCACUCAACCACCGCCCUCUACCCUGUCGGUUUCGUGUCUCUACGACGCUUCAUCAGUGUAACUACGCCCCGCCGAGCUGGAGUAUAUCGAUGUGCCAUCGAAGACGGCGGCGCGCACCCCCGCUUUUCCAUCACAUCCAUCACUCAGACAUCUGAAGGAAGUGACAACGCUGACCCGUCACCAGAGUCUUCCACAGCCUCUUCAGCACCUUCUUCCUCUUCCCAACCCGUGACAUUCCUCGGAAGAAGCGCAGACGAGUGCCAUCGCCAACUUCUUCAGCGUCUAUCUGGGGCACUUGGACGUCCUCUGCCCGCCUCAUGCCGUGUCGUCGGAGAAGCAUUCUUCGGUCUGACCCAUCCUUCCGUACAGCAGCUGCUACAGGCUUCAGCAGGGGCGGCGCAGUGCGGGAGGUAUAGGAGUGUGGCGUUUGAGGUGACUGAAGCGACUGUGGCGGUGCCGGGGGAGACUGAGCCGAGUGUAAACGGGUCGGCGCUGUGGGCUAGGCUGGUAGAGGGGGCCCAGUGAGGAUAGAAGGCCCCAGUGAGGAUAGAGGGCCCCAGUGAGGAUAGAGGGGCCCAGUGAGGAUAGAGGGGCCAAUGAAAGAUAGAGGAUCCAAAUGGAGGACAAAGGGGCCUAAUGAAGGAUAGAGGGGUCGCUGAUGAUAGAGGGGACACUGAUGAUAGAGGGGACACUGAGCAUAGAGGGGUCACUGGUCAGUGAGGAUGGAGGGGUCCAAUGAAAGAUAGAGGAUCCAAAUGGAGGACAGAGGGACCCAAUGAACACAGUAGGGUAGCGGCCCAGUUGAGGGACCGUGCUGUGAGCCUGGCUAGUAGAGUUGGCCAGUGAGGAUAGAGGGACCCCAGUGAGAGCAGAGGGCCCGCACUGUAGGCCCACUGAGGACAGACUUGGGGCUGAGCUUUAGGUUGAAAUGGCUGAGUGCCGAUUGGGUCCAGUGGGGAAGGAGGUCAUAGAGGGAUGCCGUGGGGUCCAGCGACAAAGUGACCACGCUCCGGGCUCAGAGUUUAGGACUGAGCUGUGGAUUCAGUCGGCAAAGGUCCAUUGAGGUCAGAGGGGAAUGAAGUGCCUCCGGUCGGUAAACUGAGGGGCAGGAGGGCGGGGACCGUUUUCAGGGAACGAUAUUGACUUAUGUGUAAACCUGUCUACUGUGUUUUGAUCUCAUUGUAAAAUAGAGUGUGAACUUUCAUUUGUUGAUACGCUUGCUGACGUGGAGAAAGCUUCGCCCAAUGAAUAUGUCGAACAAA